CACCCCCAACACUUGGUAGAGUCCGGGACGGAGCAUCAUGGCGAUUGACGGAGGGGGGAGGAACUGUGGUGUUCAUGAGCUCAUCUGUGCCAGACGAGUCUCUCCUGAGCUUCUGGGUGUCCUGUCUUCCAUUGCAGCCUUCAUGGCGUUGAUGGCUCUGUUUUUUCUUUACCUCAGCAACAAGCUGUCAGUGGAGAGUCCGGCAGAUCUGUCACAUCUCAGUGGCUAUAAGAACAACAAGCCAGAGGGAGUUUUAUCAGACAGCGAGGAGGACAAAGGCCCCGAGGCUGUGGCCCAGCAGAACACCACUUCCGCAUGGAGCAACAAAUGCAAACAGUCCACUGAGCAGGGAGGCUACAGCAGCGAAGCCUCCAGCGAACGGGCCAACAGGAUCCAGAGAAUAAAGAAAAAUUCCUCCGUCAGUGAGCCCCAGCCUCCUCCGUACCAGGACGAGGGCCCGGCGGCGCGCGUGUCCUCUCGUUCCCGAGGGGUCAGGAGGGGGUCGUCCCGCUGUGCCAGUGAGGCCAGCGAGGCCAGUGUAGACCAGGACACCGAGAGCUACCUCAACAAAGGCUGUGAGGAGGACAUACCCAGCGACAGCACCGCUGUGCUGGGACCUGAGGACGGCUCCGGUCCUCAGCUCCCUACUGCCUACGAGCCAGAGCCACUGGCCAAAUACGGCACGCUGGACGUCGCCUUCGAGUACGACUCCGGCGAGCAGUGGUUGGCAGUGACUGUCACUGCGGCGACAGACAUCCCCGCUCUCAAGCAGACGGGCAACAUCGCAUGGCAGGUCCACCUGGUCCUGCUGCCCACCAAGAAGCAACGGGCCAAGACCGGCGUGCAGAAGGGUCCGUGUCCUGUCUUCACGGAAACAUUUAAGUUUUCCAGAGUGGAACAGGAGGCCCUGGGGGACUACGCUGUUCGCUUCCGCCUGUACAGCAUCAGGCGGAUGAAAAAGGAGAAAGUCCUGGGAGAGAAGGUGUUCUACCUGACUAAGCUCAACCUGCAGGGAAAGAUCGCUCUACCUGUCACCCUGGAGCCGGGCUCUGAACUCACAGGUUGCGGCUCUGUUGUGAGCGUUUCUCGCAGUGCAGGAGCUCUGUCCUGCCGCUCUACUGAAGACUCUUCCCUGCCAGAGGUCCUCCUGGGUCUCCUCUACAACUCCGCCACGGGUCAGUUAUCGGCUGAGGUCAUCCAGGGAAGCCACUUCAAAACCACAGCGUCCGACAAACCCGUCAACGGCCUGUUCUGUUGUAUAAAACACUUCGUAGGGGGGCAGCUUUAUAUCAUGAGAGACACCUACGUGAAGCUGACCAUGCUGGACUCAAAGGGGAAAGAGAUGUCCAAGUGCAAGACGGCCGUGUGCCGCGGCCAGCCCAACCCCACCUACAAGGAGACCUUCUUGUUCCAGGUGGCGCUCUUCCAGCUGUCCGAGGUGUCUCUGGUGCUGUCGGUGUUCUGCCGCCGAAGCAGCAUGAGGCCCAGGGAGAGGCUGGGCUGGGUCUCCCUGGGCCUCAACAGCACCGGCGAGGAGCAGCAGAGCCACUGGACAGAGAUGAAAGCGGCGGAGGGACAGCAGGUCUGCCACUGGCACAGCCUUACCGACACAUAGGGGGAAGAUUUAGGAAGACUGACAUUGACAACAUUCCCUGGACGGUCGGAGUCUGUGGGGAGCAGGAGGCACCUUGUGAGAUGUGUGUGUGUGUGUGUGUGUGUGUGUGAUGUGUGUGUGUGCUGCAUACAGGUGUGAGAGCGGGCAUGGGUUCCCCGGUCUUCACUGCCAGGGCCGUCAUGCAUUAAUCCCCUUUAAUCUGACUGACUUUAUUGGUGGAGGUGUAAACACCAGCGCCAGCCUUUUUUUAUUGACGCACAGAGGCAGACUGAAAAUGAAUUGCGUUAUAAUUACUGAACAAACCAAGAACAGGAGGAGGUUUUCCAGUAAUGCUGCCUACAGCGAGAUCUGCAUGUACACCAACUGUUUACAGGACAAUGCAAGACACUUCCAAACAUUUCCCGUCUCUGAAUCUUGGACCAAAGAGCUCGGUCCGUGACUAGCAAGACUCCUCCCCGUCUCUGCUGGGCUUCUCUGGACUUCAGCUGCCACCAGCAUACCAGACAUUUCUCUAUCAGUCAUAGCCAUUGACAGAAGAGGAGGCAAUGGAACAAAAAGACUGUUACAAAAGGGCCUAUAAGAUGCUGCAACUAUGCUUACAAGCAAUGCUUUGUACAGUUUGUUUACAUGCACAUGCCAUUAUGCAAGAUCCUUUCAUCUGUUUCCCCUUUUAUGUUUUUCGAUUAUCAGUCAAAUGGUUUACCGGAUUUGUGGGCGUCUCUUUGGGGUAUGUGCUGCACAAAGACAGCGUUCUUUUCUUUUCUUUUUUUGUUAUGGUGGUAUUGCAUAACCCGGUACACUAUGCAUCCGACGCCACUUUCAGCGAGAGGAAUGAAAUUCUGUCUCGUGCUCGCCGAGAGUCUCUUACAGAAUUGGACACAGCUCCGCAUGCCACCGGUAUCAAAGAGCAGCUUCCUUUGCUUGUGUAAUACAGAUUGAGCCCGUUUCACCGUUCAGCCUUCUGACAACUCAGCCAUGUUCAUUCAUGUAGAAACACGGUGCUUCCCGCUGAGGAGGAAUAUGCAGAAGCCAAUUCCUCCUCCAAUAAACCUGGCCGUCUCUCUGAGGACUGAGGCAGCGCCGAUAACAGCGGUGCUAAGGCCGGGAAUUGAGCUGGAGUGGCAAAAGGAAAUUAUUGCAAAAAAGAUGGAUUAUUGAAUAAAGGUUAUAAUAAAUUAAAACGUUGUCCCGACGUGUGAGGAAUCUGGUUUUCUGUUAUCAUCUGGAACAAAGCCAGUCUUUAACCGUCAUCAGACAAAUUAAAAUGAGUCAGAAAAUCCCCCCAAAGACUUCUGAAGGCUACACAGCCACACCCCAUGUCCCAGUGAAAAGUACGACUACCUCCCUCAUCUCUCUGCUGGCUGAAGCUCGAGGGUGUGGGAUGCAUUCUUCUUCUCCUCGUCCCAGUGAUGUCACAUCUGAACCCCCUCCUCUGGGUUUGGGGCGCUGCAAACCACACCUCGCUCCGUCAGUCCUCCCGCAGGGCCACAUUUCUUCAAAGUCAAAUUGUAUUCCUUGUAAAAAAAAAAAAAAAAAAAAAUACAAACAUUGCUGGGAAACAAUGUUUAUCUGGCAUUGCUGCCAGAUAAACAAUUGGCUUUUUCCGGUUGGUAAACGUUGGUAAUCUAAGACUCACGAAGUCUGAACUACUUAAAAAAAAAAAAUCUUAUACACACCAUUAAACUGAGGCGGGAUUGACGUUACAAAGCUGUGCAGUGAAUGUUGUCACUACCACAUUGCAUUGUGGGAUAUUUAUGCAGGGGUAGUGUCCAGUGUUUGCAUACAGUAAUAUUUUAAAAUAAAUAGUAUGCAAUUUCCGUAUUAAGGUUUCGCACCACCUAAAAAUCUCACAUGGACCUACUGUUUCAGCAUUCUUAAUAGUAUGUUAGUAUGGAAUUAAGUGUGUCCCAAUAUAUAGUAUGUCACAUACAAUAAGCCAAAAAUACCAGGGUGUGCCACUGCAUCUGGUCACAUC